AUGUCGUUAUAUCUGCAAGCGUUCUACUCCGUUUUUGAAGCCUUCAACAAUUUUAUAUCUUAUGAUGGUGGAAUUUUUUGGUCCGAAUGUGUAUGUAAUGGAAAAGAGCCAACCUUUGAUGAAUCUCCAGGUGACUUACAAAAUUUUGUCUGA